ACACUUCACAGACCACACUUAUUUCACACUUGCAUGUGUUUGUACAUGUAACUGGUCAUAAGAGUGUUGGUCAAGUGCUAAGCAUGGCCAUGGAGAGGAUAAGUAUGAUAAUUUGGGUAUGUGGGUUGUUGGUUUUUGGAUUGGCUGGUGGAGUAAUCAGUGGCGGCGGCGGCGGCGGUUCAAGCAGCUGUGGUUUCCCGGCAAUAUACAACUUUGGAGACUCAAAUUCGGACACUGGGGGUCGAUCAGCGGCCUUUGAUGAGCUGCCUCCGCCCAAUGGUGAAACCUUCUUUGGCAAGCCCUCUGGAAGGGCUUGUGAUGGUCGUCUCAUCAUAGAUUUCAUAGCUGAGAAUUUGGGGUUGCCAUACUUGAGUGCCUAUCUGGACUCAAUUGGUACGAAUUUCAGGCACGGUGCAAAUUUUGCAACAGGAGGUUCAUCCAUCCGUCCAGGCGGCUAUAGCCCUUUCCACCUAGACUAUCAAAUCUCUCAGUUCAUACAAUUCAAGUCACGCACCACUGCCCUCUAUAAGAAACUCAGUGACAACAGGAGAACCCCGCCGUUUAAAAGCAGUCUUCCAAGGCCCCAGGACUUCUCAAAGGCUCUGUACACAUUUGACAUUGGACAGAACGAUCUUGCCUAUGGUUUUCAACAUACAAAUGAGGAACUAGUCCUAGCUUCCAUUCCUGAUAUCCUCGACAAGUUCUCACAAGCUGUGAAUCAACUAUACAAAGAAGGGGCGAGAGUCUUCUGGGUACAUAACACUGGCCCAAUUGGCUGCUUGCCAUACAGCAAUAUAUAUUACCAACAAAAGUCUGGUAAUUUGGACCAAAAUGGAUGCGUGAAGCCUCAUAAUGGGGUGGCUCAGGAGUUCAACAGGCAGCUAAAGGACAGGGUGUCCCAGCUAAGGGCACAGCUCCCAAGUGCAAAAUUCACAUAUGUUGAUGUGUAUUCUGCUAAAUAUGCAGUAAUUAGCAACGCGAUGAAUCAAGGAUUUGAUGAUCCAUUGAAGUUCUGUUGUGGCAGUUAUUAUGGUUAUCACAUAAAUUGUGGUAAGACAGCAAUAGUGAAUGGAACAACAUAUGGUAAUCCAUGCAAUAAUCCAUCAAGCCACAUAAGCUGGGACGGCAUACACUACUCUGAGGCAGCCAAUCGAUUGGUUGCAAACAUCAUUCUCAAUGGUACCCUGUCUGAGCCCCCUGUUUCAAUUUCAAAGGCUUGUCAUAGUUCCAUGAUGCUAUGAAUCAACCACCACCGUUCAGCUGCCUAAUGUUAUCUGUAUCGGUUAGUGAUGUUAUAAAUAUUGGUGGAUUUUGGCCUGCAUUAUGUACUCUUUUAUUUAUUCUAUGCUUUUUAUGCAAAAUAAGAGACAUUUUCCCAGAAUUAUCUUAUAAGUUUUUGACGCUAUAUAUCAUGAUGUUACAAGCUGUUUUUUAUUAUCUAAAUUUAGUUAGCUGGUAAUUACUAAAAGAUUUGUAUUUCAGAAAAGACAGAUUGCUCAAAAUGGUUACUACUAUAUUCUCUCU